AAAAAAGAAUCUGCAAAUAUGACUCCUCAAGCAACAGAUAAUGUUGAUGAUCAAAAGGAUUUAAAAAAUUAUAAAACAAAUUUGGAGAUAGCCGCCAACCGAAAUGUUUUCGGGUUAAACGAAAAAAUCAAAAAUAAAAUUGUUGACUUACCCCCUUUACCGCUGGAAGAUGACCAUGAGGGUGAUAAUUGUCUGUCGACUCUGACGGAUGAUUUUGAAGGAGCCGAUAUCGGGCAACGGGAUGAUUUUGAAAAUACACUAAAAGAUAAAAAGAUAUUGAGAGACAGGUGCUUUUACGCGAAACCCAGGACAAUCAUUUUUAAAAAUUUCAGCCCUGGAACAUCUUACACUCAAAAAGUGGCGAUAUACAAUAAAUUUUCAAAAUGGUCUUAUAUCCGUUACGAUUCUAUAAAUUUGUCAAUUUCGGAUAAUAACGUACUGACAGUAGAACACAUUGAUGCUGCCAAAAUCAGACCCGGUUUAUUCAUUGUCGUGACUGUGAAUUUCUUACCCAACACAGAAACGGAAAUAACCGGUGCACUGAUAUUUUUAACAUUGAAUUCGGAAAAUACGAAAGAUUUUCACGAAUUCAAAAUUCGAAUUCAUUGCGUUCCCGCGCAAGCAGAUCCGUUGGUGGAUCUUACAAAAUUAUGUUUCCCCACAUUCCCAAUUUGGAAAGACAUUGAGCCUGGUUCAAUUCACAAAAGAUUGACGAUAUCAAAUUUUGGAUUAAAAACAUGCAAUUUAUUAUUCACACCAAAAAGUAACACGCGAGAUAGUUUUAAUUGGGACUUCGAAGAGAACGAGUAUCCAUCUAAGAAAUUCACCCCUACAAUACACGCUGACGAAGAAAAUUCAAUAACGGAUUACGAAACGUAUGAAGUGGAAUUGAGAGCCAAGUCGUGUAUUAAAAUUCGAGUAACAUUUUUUCCAAAAUACGUGGGCUUGCAUCACGACGUACUUGAAAUCCUUUUCAAAGUGGAAGAACAGAUUAUAAAAACACAAACUAUACCAAUUUGGGCUGAGGUGACAGGAUCUGAGAUACAUCUUAAUCCAAAAUUCGUGGAUCUAGGAAUAAUCAUAAUGGGCACAGAAAUUUAUCAGGCUAAUUUCACCAUUAGUAAUACAGGACGAUCCAGUGCUGAUAUAUCCAUGCUGAUUCCAAAAUAUCUUUGCACUGAAAUUCAAAUUUAUCCAAAAACAAUUUCACUACAAACUGAUACCUCAUGGACGUUCACUGUCCGACUGACGCCAUCAGAAAAUAUUUUACAAAAAGCAAAAACCUACUACGACAAGACGUGCAACACUCUGAAUAUACCAAUCAAAAUAAAUGUUAAUUAUCCAAACGAGAAGGGCCCUACCCUAACAUUAAAAAUUCUGGCUACUCCAACGAGCAGUACAUUAGUAAUAGAACCUGAUUUUGUCGUGCUGGGCAUGGUAAAUACACAAGAGUCUGUACUGUCCAGAAUAUCUAUCACAAAUCCCAGCCUAGUGAUACAAGACUUUGGAUUUUUGAAUAUCCCCCCAACAAUGACUAUACAGCCAAAUUAUGGAUUCGGCCGAAUUUUACCAGGCGAAACACUUCCACUUCACUUGAUAUAUUCAGCCUGGUUGACGGACAUUCCCGGAAAUGAAGCGGAAGCUAGUGGAUUGGCGUCAGAUCGGAGAUUUGAAAUACGCGUGGCCACAGUUAACGAGUUGGUUGGCAAAAGAAAUCACGUCGUUAGUACAAAAGUUCCUACAAACCGAUUAUUGAAUCUACCACCGAAAGAACAAUGGCGCCCAACCGGAAGUGACUACAAUAAACAGUCCGACCAGUCUCGAAUGCCAAGAAGAAGAUUCAGUAGUAUUUCACAAACAGUCCGUAGUAAAAUCCCAUUUAAAGAUUUAAUUGGUGAUCUAGCCGAUGAUGAUAAUUCCAGUUCAAACUUGGCAGACUCUGACGUAGCAUCUGACAGUUUUGGACCACUGGAUGAUGACGUUAGAGAAUUAAAAAAUAUCACUGAGAUUUUCGCUUUCAUUGUGGAUCCACUUUGUCAAUUGAGUGAGCAAAUAAUCGAAUUUCCUGCGACACCUUGCGACUCGUAUUCACUGACUUCUGUAAACUUGAUGGGUUUCAACAGUGCAUCUUAUCCUCACUGCACUUGUGGAUUUAUAGAGGAUCAAAUAAAGGAGUUUGAAGCUUGGUACGAAUUUAAGUGUUCAUCACCGCGCGUCAGAAUGUCGCCACGUUAUGGACACUUGAAAAAUGGUGAAACCAUAAAGAUUACUUUAAUGCACAAGCCAAAAAUGUCGCAUAAAGUUACUGCGAAUGUUUUGGAAAGUAUGGAAAUCAAGGACAAGACGUUACCAGGAGAAAUGACCUUGCUGGAAAAUUUUGAAGCUUACAUACACCACGAAUGGGCUACAUGUGCAUUAAAUAUAAAAAUGAAAGAUGGUGAUAGGAGAGAUGAAACUUUGUUAAUUAAAUUAACAUGUCCUGUUGUUAAGCCUGAUAUAAUAAUUUUAAAUCCGACAAGAAUAAUAGAAUUUGGCAUGGUGGUAAUUGGGUCGAAAUCCAGAAACAUCCUAGAAAUUAAGAAUAUAUCCACUCGGUCAGUCAAGAUAAAGUUCAGUCUUCUUAAUCCAUUUGGUCCUUUCUUUAUGCCUCCUGGAAAAAUUCUGGAACCAGGAUCUAUCUUGUCCAUACCCAUUACGUAUAGGCCAAAAGUGAAAAAAGAUAAUCCUCUUCUCUCCUUUCAGGAUAUUGAAUUUUUUGAAAUUCGUGCCGCUUCCACAAAGACAAUUUGGAGGAUGUCUUUAUCCGGAAGGGGUGUUAUACCAAGCUGGAAUAUCCUACCGGAAAUGAGAGUGGCAAGACUCGAGGCUAAAAUUGGAAAACCGGAUGAAAUCAAAUUAACUAUUGAAAACACUUCUGAGGCCACACUGGUGUUCGUCCUGGAAAUUAUUGAACUAUUGGAAGGAUCGAUACCAGUGCAAUUGAACAAAAAUAAGGUCCUUAAAGAAAACAAGAAGAAAAAAAUAAGCAUGUUCCUCGAAGAGGAAGAAGAGUUGGCUAUUUUUGAUAAAAAUAUGAAGCCUCUGGAUAAUAAACAAUAUUUUACUUUUGUUAACUUUGACAACGAUUUGCGACUUCCUGUGGAAGCCAUGAAAAAGAAGGACUUUGUAUUACGGUUUCAAGUACCAUCGACAAGAAUCUCGUUCACGGGGAAGAGAAGUAAAAAGAACAAAGAAAGGAUCGGUGUCGCGACGCCUGGCGUCGUAAAGAAAGGUCGUCUGGAUGCUAUGGACGUGUAUUACGUAGCAAGAUUGAAAUUGUUACUCGAGGACGUCCAACCGAUACAGGAUAUUGUAUUAAUAGCUACCGCGAAGACCUGAAACGGAAUAGAAAUUUGUAAAAGUAGUUAUCCAACGAAAUUCAAAGGAUCUUCAAUAACCAAUAAUAUAUUGAAUUUCUCUUUUAAUGAAAUAAUAUUACUCUAGGACAUCUGAUCUAUAGAAGAUAUUGUGUUAAUAAAUAACAUCAAAUUUGGAAAUAGGAUGUAAAUUUUGAAAAAGAGUUAUUCGAUGGAACUCUGAUUCUCAGUAUUAAAUAAUAUAUUGAUUUUCUCGUUUAAUUAAAUAAAUAUUGACGAAAAUA